AUGCUUGACAAUGCUAACAACACUAUUGACGAUGAAUUAUACAAUAGAUUUAUCACAGAGGUUAGAAGAAAUAUAGAAUCUACAAAUAAUAUAGGAGGGAGUAAUUCAACUAAUCCUAUUAUUAAUUCUUCUUCUUCUACUACUACUACUGGUGGUGGUAGUGAUGACACCAAUAACAAUAGUAAUAAUAAUAAUAACUAUAGUAGAAACAGUCAUGGUGACAUAUAUGCAAGAAUAUUAAGGAGUUUACUGUAUAUUGACUAUAUAUUUAUGUUAAUUACAUUGCCCAUGACACUAUACACUAUCUUUAAUCUAGCAAUAAAUUUGGUUACUUUUAAUUUUAAUAAUAGUGACAACGUUGAAAAUGUUAUUGGUAGUGAAGAUAUAUUUCACAAAUUACAAAUAUAUUUCAAGUAUGUUAAAGUAGAAGAGGAUAUGAUUUCUACAACCACUGGUAAUAAUAAGGGUAAGUUUGAAGAAAUACUACUUUUCAUAUAUAAUAAAUUGUUUAGUAGAAUUAAAACAAUUAAUUUUGAAUCAAUGACGACAAAUACAAAUAAACUUAACAGUAAGCCAAGUGAGAUAGAUUUAAUUGACACACUAGGACUGCUUGGUAAAUUCCACAAAACAAUAAGAUACUACACAACACCUUUAGAAAAUCUCAAAUUCUAUCCGUCACUAAUUAAGAGUUUGACAACAAUAAUUUUUCUAUUAUAUGGGUUUAUUGGUUCUUCGUAUGUAAUUUUGUUGAAUAUGUUUUUCAUAUUAUGUCUAAUCCUGACAUUAUUUAGAAGGUAUCAAGACGUAGCAGAGAUUAUUAUUAAACAAUUCUGGUAA